CGCGUCAGAUGAUUAGCUAAUAGUGAAAACACUGUAAAAGGACUGACAGUUCUCCUCGCUUUUCAGCACUACCGAACUGUGUAAGUUGUCAAUUAUGUAUAUUGGUCCGCUGUUUACACUUUGAAGCCUCCCUCGUAGCGCUGAUAAUGCUGAAAAUGAAGCUACCGAUGAAAACGGGCGAGGAAGGAGGCGACGAACCGGCCGAGGACGAUUCAUUGGAUCAGCCGGAUCACCAACAUCUUCCCAGGGCGGCAUCCCCCUCCUCGGUGUACGACAGGCUGGAGGAUCCGUCCAGACCUCAUGGGUAUCAAUCACAGCUGGACAAGGAGACGGUUUUUGAGUGGUUCGGCCUACAUCUAAACCCCGCUAAACGGAUCGAGUUCAUGUGCGGGCUGCUGCAUAUGUGCCAACCCCUGGAGCUCCGUUUUUUGGGAUCGUACUUGGAGGAUCUCGCUAGAAAAGAUUACCACGUUUUACGGGACUUCGAGUUUCGGGCGAAUAGUCCGAGCGAUUUGGGAGUUUUAACGGACGUGGUGGAUCCAGUGGUUAGAUCCAAACUCCUGGUCUGCCUGUCCCUGCUCGGGUCUGACAGCAGGGAAUGUGCUGGAAUACUCUUUCGGAUACUGAGCCAUGUAGAUCCGGCCUUGUUCUACAAAAAUUAUGACUACUCCCUUCCUCCAUUCAGGAACCCUCACCACCACUCGUUCCAUCCGCCGUGUCAGGACGGGAACGUGUACGGGCGCUCAGAGCAGACCUGCGGCUUCUCCACUAACGAAACAGCCGCUGGACCUCUGGAGCAGUUGGCGCUGCUUUUUACCAUGGCCUCCCUGCACCCAGCUUUCCAUUUCCACCAACGGGAGGUUGUCCGAGGACAACUCGAAAAAAUAGAGCUUGCCAUAGAAGAGGAGAGGCGUCAAAGCCAGCUUAGAAUAAACGCCCAGGCAACGGAGCUGAUGGGUCAGAAGGCAGAUUACCUGGCCCCCUCAGCACUGGGUUUAGGAGAGUACACAGCCUCCCAUCCUCCUUGCCAGAGUCGACGCUCUAGCCGCUGGGCAACACAAAGAGAAGCGGUGCAUAUAGAGGGAAUCGUGCUCAGGGGCAUCUCUCGGACCAGAAUAGACAAGGAAUACAACUUUGAGGUGAAGUGGUCAGACUCUUCUUCCAGCAAUGUGACCAAAACUCAUCUGGAACUGGAGAACUUCCUUCUUAAGCUUCCUAAGGAUCAGUGCACAGAGUCUUUUGAGAAGAGCAUCCUGAGACUUCUGAACCAGGGGGACCAGUAUGAGAGCAGGGAGGUAGAGAAGAACCUCAGGGAAAGGUUCCUGUCUGCUCCUCCACUUUUCAGGCAGACCAGAAAGGUUUGCAGCUUCUUCAACUGUGACUCCAGUUACUCCACUAAACCUUCCUGCUGCAGAUGCAAUUGCCAGCCGGGGAAGGCCUACCAAGGAGACUGCUCUGACGCCUCCAGUCAGGAGGAAGAGUCAUACGUUCAGGGACACAAGAAAAAGCACGGGUCCAAGAGUCCAUGUCAACCUCUGUCUAGUGCCAAAGGCUCCCAGGGGGACAUUCGGAGAGGGGCUCAUGCUGCAGAGCUCAACGGUCCAGCAGAGAGGAGGAAGAAGGGUUGUACACUGAGGGGGAGUCAUGAAGCUGAACAGCACCAGGACACAGAGAAGAGAAGCCACCCAGUUACUAAAACCAAGGGCAGAGUGGUGCCCACAGACAGGGAUAAGGGGAAAGGAAAAGGCAAAGGAGCUGCCUUUGUGAGCAAUGGUGGUUUGGUACCAACCCUGACAUCUCAAAGGAAAGAUGGGGGUUCUGGUCUUGAUACCUUCGAAACAUCAUCAGAAAGCUACAGCUCUCCAUCCAGCCCUCAACACAGAGGACCAGAGAGCCUGGACAGUGAAGACGACAACAACAAAGAUACAGAUAGCCACUCUGAUGACUGCUCUAAAGGUCCGGGCCCGGACAGGUUCUUCACCCAUCAGACUGAUCCAGCUGGGGUGGGGAAGGUGUCCUCUGUCCGUCCUCUGUCUUCUGGCAACCACCAGGCUCCGAUGGAGGCCCUCUGCACGGACACUAGCACAGAGUUCCCUCCUCUCUCCAUCAUGCAUUCUCUGCCCUAUGCGCUCCCCAACGGAGCCAGUGACUCUGGGCUUCCACUGGUUUCUCCUCCCAGCCAAAAUGUUGUCUCUGAUGUGAAGCCCUCAUCAGGGACACUGAUGAUGCAGAUGCCCCUAGUGCCUCCAGCCGUCCCCGUGGGAGACCCAGAGAAGAGGGAUGUGCUUCCAACCUUUGGGAUUCCAAGUAUUGGCCUCCACACUGCAGGAAAUUCUGCUGUGCAACCUCUAGUUCAGAGGUUCAAAACUAAUUUGUCUCACAGCCAGGGUGGCACUGAUGGAGGUCCAGGGAGUGGUUCUGCUCCUGCUGCACCGCAGGCCUCACUUCAGGCCCCUAUACGAGCCAUGAGUGUCAUGUCUCCUGGCUCCACAUCUUACUCUUCCCCUCAUCUGCCCUGCCAAGACCAAACCAGUGUCAGCUCAGGCCUGGCCUCCUCUCUGCCACAUGUGGAGACGUCACAUGCCAAGCACCCUGGCUUAAACUUACCGUCUGGCAUGCCUUCUCCCUACACCCUGCCCCCUGUCCCCACCUCUGUCAUGCCUACUGUAGGAGCACCUGUGGCCACUGGAAUAGCUCCAUCUCCUGGACAUCUUCAAGCAGCUGUUCCCCCAGCUGUUCCCACACACACCCCUGGACCUGCCCCGAGUCCCAGCCCAGCACUUACUCACAGUACAGCACACAGCGACUGUACAUCGUACAGCAACAGCAGUGCUUCCUGUGGAAAUGCCUCUGGCAACCCUAUGACUCUGCAGCAAACCCAGCAGCAACAAGUGCCCCCCCAGCAGCCAACACCACCACAACAACAGCAGCAGCAGCCAAUGGGUUGUGGGACUUGUGGCUGCCACAACAACUGCGGCAACCGUGGUGGCAACAACAACAGUGUGAGUGGUGCGUCGGGCUGCCAGGCACCCGUGUUCUACGCCACCCACCAGAUGGCAGCAGCAGCACGCCAGGUGUUCAGUGUUCCUCCACCGCUCUUCCAGCUCACAAGCCUGUGCAGUAACAGCUACCUCACCCAGGCUCACCCUCCUCACCAGGCCAACGGCGCUGCCACCCUGCCCCCCUUUUUCCCUACCGCUCCACCUCCAGCACACCCGCCCCCCUACCUUCACACUCAUUCUCACAGUCAUGCAGACGUGCCAUCACAUAUGCUGAGCACGCAGGCUGUGGCAGUAGCAGCCGCCGCUGCAAACUACAGCCUCCAGCAGCAGAUGGCGCCGGCAGCAUCAUUCUGCCAGCGUGUCUACCAGCACGUGUACCCGAAUCAUCUGGGGAUGCUGCCUGCUGCCACCCUGGGGGGAGGUGGAGUCAAUAAGAAGAACGGCAAUGUGUCCUGUUAUAACUGUGGUGUGAGUGGCCACUACGCUCAGGACUGCAACCAGCCCUCCAUCGACUCCACACAGCAAGGUGGUUUUCGCUUAAAGUACGCAGCAUCCCACAUUUCGGAAACACUUGACAAUGCUGACUGAACGGUGAAGAAAAGAGGAUGAAGAGGAGUUUGGUUUCCACAGCAACAAGUCCUCUGUUCUUCUUCAGGCGCUGUGUGUGAGCAGUGUACUGAAGCCUCUGUGUACUUCAGGAAAAAAAAAAAAACACACAUUCUCAAAAAGAAGGAAUGACCUGCCAAGGGCUCAGUGGACACAGCCUAAGUAUGUGUGCCUGAAAACAAAUGUCGUUCCCAUGGGGAUGAUUCAGCGUGUCGCACACAGUCACAGUCCCGUGUGACUCCUGGCCCCUUCCCUUUCAGUUUGUUUUUGAUAUUUUUGCACUGAGGGUUGGAAACAAUUAACUUAUUACUUAAUUAUUAGGAAGUUAAGAGAUUUUGGGGAUUCUUUUUUUUGUUUGUUUGUUUUUACAACUGAAAAAAGGUUCUUAUAUACUUAUUUCUAAAGAAGCGGAUUUCUGCUUUUUUUUCCUCAUCAUUACUGUUCACCUAGGAUUUUAUUGUUUGACACAAUUGUACAGCAGUUUUCAAAGAUUAAGAAUCAAAACAAAAAAAAAAGAAGUAAUGUAAGCAAAAUGGAUUUUGUGUUUGUUUUAAUGUUCGAUUUUGCUGUAAGGUUUUUGAAUGUACAUCCUCUCAUUUAAAACUAAGGACUCUGACUGUAUCAAAGUGUAUGGAUUUCAUGCAUUUUGGCCACUUGAUAUAUUUUUGGGUUGGAAGGUAAUUGCUGCUUUGUAAAUUUCUUUUUAUUUUCCAUUUUAAAAAAAAAAACUAGUUUUACUUGGUCAAAUGCACUAUAGCGAAGCAGAAACACAAGUGCACUACAGCAGUCUGCACCGCAACCAAGCUGAUGAAAGGAACUGUUCAUUUUGACUGGCACCCAUCAGCGGUAUGUUUUAGUGUACUUAAGUAUUUCAGGUGUGAAGCAGCUUUCUACGGCUAAUAUUUUAGAGUGAAUGAGUUCCUUCAGUGUUUUAAAGUAGAUACUGUAGAAGAGAUUCCAGUUGAGUAGUCACAUCACUUCUAUCCCUCACAUUGUGUCCACAGCACGACAUCUUGACAGCUAUAGUACCUGCCAUACAGUAAUUCAAUAUUUUUUUAGACCCCCCUAAACCUUAAGUCUAAACCCAGGGCAUAAUGACCACUUGUUCCAGGGAAAUAACUGUACCCACUCUCCUGGAGGUGAAGCUAUUUGAUUUUAAGCUGUUCUAAGCGUUACUCAGUACUGGGCGGGUUUUCAAAGCCUCAGUUUGCUUCAGACAGUUGUAGACCUACGAUGUGUUGUCCAAUCACAUCUAAAGAUUUUGAAGUCCGGUUAAAGAGCAGACACCACCAUGCAUCCUCUCAAUCCUCUUCCAAGAAUGAUGCCUUUCGCAUGUCUUUCUUUAUCUGGACACCAGACUGAACUCAUGUUCUCUUCCACUUCAUUCAGCCUGUUCCUGUAAAGCAGUUUCUCUUUUUGCCCCAAUCACCAGUAACGCAUGUCCCAGCCUCGUUAACAUUAGUUUUAUUUUCAAUUGAAGCAGUGGGAGCUUUUGCUAGAAGACUGUUUAUGUUGAUUCCAGUUAUUUCUGUAAGAAGAAGUUACAACCAGAUGUUGUAACUGUAAAACAUCCGUGGAAACUUUGCUAACAUCAGCCCUCCUUAUGCUACAAGUGGUACCAGCUGGGCGUUUAGCAAAGGUCUAAAUGUACCGACUGUGUGCAUGAAUGAGAUGAAGAAGAUUACAAAUUCCUUUUUUAAUCCCACAUACUCAACAGGCUCGUUGUGCACUUUCAGUUCCCAGUUGAAGCCUUCUUGCACAUAAUGACAUUGGAUAAAAGCAGUUGUACAGAAAUUGGAAAUCGUUUGAUUUUACAAAAGUGAUGGACAUAGCUGUCUGUGAAGCACAGUUUGAAGCAUACUGAUGCUGUAAGAAUACAGCAGUUUGGUUUUGUAGCCUCUAACAGGAUUUGAGCUUUGCCUGUUUCUGCAUUUUUUUAUUUUUUUUUUCAUGAGAAGAGAAAAACGCUACAGUCUUCUGAAUCAGAUACACUGAUAAAGACAAUACGUGACUUUUUUUUGGACUUGUUCAGUGAAUGAUUGAAUCUGAAAGAUGUCGAGUUUUGAUUGGAUUGUUGAACAUAAUUUAAGGGUGUAUGACAAACCUGAUAAUUGACACUUGAUUUUACAUCCAUGUGGAACUUGAACAUGUGGCAAAGCCGUUUAAUGCUGUACGCCCAGAUCUGAUUUCAAACUAUGAUUAUGACAAUGACAAUGUUUUCUGAGGGGAUUUUGAGAUGCAGUAAAAUGUAAUUAAAGGCAGUGUGAGAAUAUGGAGCCCUAAGGUGUUUAAUAGUACAUAGAUAAGUGAUAACAAUAAAUGAAACAAUAGUUUAAGAACCUUA